AUGGAUCAGCACCCCGUUUCCUUGUUUUUACACCCCACACCAUGCAACAUUCUGGUGAUGCCUCCUCAGGUGUUUGACCCGGAGUCGCUGCAGGCCCUGGUGGAACUGGAGGCACACCAGGACUUUGCCUGGUUGAGGUGGGCCAGCGCGCUGGCCGGGGCGGUCGGCCUGAUGCGCCGUGGGCAGCGGCUCAACAUGUGGAAGGUGUGGUCCGUGCAGGUGCUGCACUUUGAAGAGAACCCUGUCACAGGGGAGCUGCGCAUCAAGCACCAGAUUGAGCUGGUUGACCAAAUGAUGCUCUUUGGUGUGCUGGUGGUGAGCGCUGUGCUGGUCCGUGCUCCCCCAGGCACACCACUGGCGACGGCGCUGCUGCUGAUACGCACCGCUGUGGGGCACACCAUCUCCUUUGGCAUAGGGCUGCUCGGCGCGGCCCUGUCCUUAGUGGGCAUUAGGCUGGGCUGA